AUGUCGAUUGUAAAUAACGGCUACAAAUAUUACGAGGUGCUUGGCUGCAGCAAAAACUCCACCUACGACGAAUUAAAGCGUGCUUAUCAUAAACUAGCACUUGUUUAUCAUCCAGAUAAAGCUAAAAGUAAGAAAAAUGGCGAUACUGAUUGCAAAAAAUUUUUUGAGAUAGAAGAAGCUUGGCGGGUGCUAAGUGACAAUGAUUUAAAAAUUAAGUACGAUGCAGAGUGCCGACAAGCUGAAUUAGAACUAGAUAAUUUAUUAAUUCAUGAUAGGAUAAAUGUUAGAGAAAUGAAUGCUGAAGAUGAUGUCCUGAGUUAUCCUUGUCGGUGUGGGAGCAAUUAUUUAAUAAGUACUGAAGAAUUUACGGAAAAUAGCAUUUACAUUCCAUGUUCUGAAUGCACAUUCUGUAUUUUUGUUGAAAAAUAA